GUUCUACUUUUGGUAGCUUAGUUAUCCUUGUUAACUAAGUUACUAUAAAUAGUAAAACAAUCUUCCCAGACCAGCUGCAGUUUGUCUUUUUAGUACUCGGCUAACUCGGCGUGAUCAGAUUCAUUGUCUUGCAACAACAUUGAUUCGGUGGGUUAACCUUGAAUUUUUAUUUGAGAAAUUCAUUUCAAUUAGGAGAAAGCCUUUAAAUUUAUUUAAUAAAGUCGCACAUUCACCUGCAAUCAUUCUAUACUUUUAUUAGUAGUAUUUAGGCUACUUCCUUCUAAUAAAAAUAAUAAAAUAGUAAUACUACUACUAUAACUAAUUAGACACUAAUACGGAAUAUUUUUAUUGGACUUAUUAAACAAGUAUAAGCGUUGAUUGAUUGUUGCAAGUCAACACUGGAAGGUAAUUCAAUCAAAUUAAAAGAUUUAAAAAAGAACGGGUUAACCAUGUUAGUUUGAGGUCAUUGCAAUGUCCAAGUCCAGUUCAGUGCACGCAUUACUUAGGUCUGGGUCCAUUUAAAAUUUAUUUUUGGAAUGCAUGGAAGUCCAAAUCCAAGGCAGGACUAGUGAAAACUAGGUAGGAGAAGCCAAGUGGUGUAGAACUUUGUCUCUUACUCUUACUCUUAGACUUACAUUAAAUUAAGUGUAGAGUCUACAAUAGACUUAAGUCUUAAGUUCUUAGUCUUAACUAUCCAUCCCUGUGGGGCUACAGCCCAUGUAGGGCUUUUGGCCUGCCUCACCACUUCCUUCCACUCAGAGACCUAACUAAUGCCUUUCUUUUCCAUGCUUGGACUUUCAGCUGCUGUAGAUCUUUUUCUACAUCAUCUAUCCACCUAAACCUAGGUCUGCCUUUGAGCCUUUUCCUCUGAGGUAUUGGUCAUAGGUCUGGGUCCAUUUAAAAUUUAUUUUUGGAAUGCAUGGAAGUCCAAAUCCAAGGCAGGACUAGUGAAAACUAGGUAGGAGAAGCCAAGUGGUGUAGAACUUUGUCUCUUACUCUUACUCUUAGACUUACAUUAAAUUAAGUGUAGAGUCUACAAUAGACUUAAGUCUUAAGUUCUUAGUCUUAACUAUCCAUCCCUGUGGGGCUACAGCCCAUGUAGGGCUUUUGGCCUGCCUCACCACUUCCUUCCACUCAGAGACCUAACUAAUGCCUUUCUUUUCCAUGCUUGGACUUUCAGCUGCUGAAGAUCUUUUUCUACAUCAUCUAUCCACCUAAACCUAGGUCUGCGUUUGAGGCUUUUUCCUCUGAGGUAUUGGUGAUGCACCCUCUGCGUUCCUCUGUCAUUUGGCAUUCUCUCUAGGUGCCCUACCCAGCGUAGCCUGCCUCUUUUUAUUUCUGCCACUAUCGUGGGAUCCUGAUAUAGACUGUAUAAUUCCUGGUUGGUUCGUAUUCUCCAUCCAUAGUCAUCCUUUAUUGGCCCAUAUAUUUUGCUGAGAACUUUCCUCUCCCAUGUGUUUAACAGGUUUUCUGCUGUUUUUGUUAGGGUCCAAGCUUCACUUGCAUAUGAUACAACUGGUCUGAUCAGUUUUAUAGUUUUCUUUGUUUCUCUUGUAAUGUUUUUGCUUUUGAGUAUUUUUUUACUAUUGAAGUAUGCCCUGUUUCCUGCUGAUAUUCUUUCUUUUAUUUCUGUUAGUAAAUCGUUUCUUUCAUUUAACAAGGAUCCUAGGUAUUUGAAUUGAUUUACUUUUUCAAAAGUUUUGUUUCUCAUUUUGUCUCAUCUGUUUGUUCCUCUCUUAUCAUGGUCAUGUAUUUUUGGUUGUUAACUUCCAGCCCAGCUUGUAAAGAUGCAUCUUCUAAUUCAAUAAAGGAUUUUGAUAUGUCUUUAAUAAUUUUCCCUAGAAGUGCUAUGUCAUCAGCAUAUGCAAGAUACUGAAGUGGUUGGUUGUGGGUCUUGAGUUUCCCUCAGAAAGUAUCCUAUUAUCGUUCCUCGAGUGUCAAUCACAAUGUGUAUGUUUCUAAUAACUUUCUCAUGUUAGGUUAAAGAGCAUACAAGACAGUGAGUGUCCUUAUCUUAGGCCUCGUCUAAUAUGAAAUUCCCUUGAAUAUUCUCCUUGAAUCUUGAUUUUGCUUUUUGAGUUGUUUAGUGUUACAUAUAAUAGUCUUGUCAGUUUGUUGGGUAUCCCAAACUCCUGCAGAGUCUCAUAUAAAUAUUUUCCUUUGAUAGGCCAUUUUAUAGUCCACAUAGAAUGGAUGUACUUGUAUAUUAUAUUCAUAGCAUUUCUCUCAUAGGCAUCGGAUGGUGAAAAUCUAAUCAGUCGUUGAUCUGUUAGGCCUGAAUCCACAUUGGUAAUCACCUAGUAUUUCUUCAGUGUAAGGUUGUAGUCUUUUGGCAAUAAGCUUCGACGGCUUUGUCAGUAUUUUGUAUAUAACAUUUAAUAGGGAGAUUCCUCUGUAGUUUGUGCACUGAAGUUUGGAGCCUUUCUUGUGUAUUGGGGUUAUUAAUGCUGUUUCCCAUUCUUUUGGGAUUUUCUCUUCUUGCCAAAUUUUAGUUAUAAGUUUAUGUAUCUGAUUGUGUAGUUCUAAGUUCUUAACUAGACACAGUUCAUGGCAAAGUUACAAACGUUUGGUCUUAGUCUUAGCUUUUUUAGUCAUUUUUGUUUUAAUUUUAGUUCAGUCUUGAGUCUUUAAAAGUGUAUUUUUAUUUUGAACAACUGGACAAAAUAUCAAUGACAACCAGCCUAACAAGGUGGUAGGCUUAAUAAUACUAGACUUAUUAUAUUUAUUAGUGAUUAGUGAACCAGUUGUGAAGACUGUUGUUAGGAGGCUUAGGGUAUACUUAGUUGUCCAAUCUAUUACAAGUAGCAGGCCAACUCAUAACCUACUCGUACCAUCAUGAGGCUACCCCUGCCACUUUGUUGGAUUUGAGCCCCCUACAUUCAAAGUUUAAAGCUUUAAUUUGUUUACACAUCCCACCUUUGGUUCCUCAAUAUAUCUGUGACAUCCCCCCCCCCCUGCCUUUGCUGCAAUUUUAUCAUUUUAUGGUACAUCUUGCUAAUGCCCAUGGGCCAAUGUUUCAAAUAGUAUGAUGAGUAAUGUCGUUUUGUUUCCUCAGAUUUGCCACUGUUUAAGCUGAGAUAUUUAAAAUGGCUGCGAAAGGAAAAGAAGAUAAUGCAAUCUUUCGCAUUCCACCUUAUUACUACAUCCAUGUCUUGGAUCAAAAUACAAAUGUUACAAAGAUUGAGACUGGUCCUCAAACUUAUAUCAGACAAGAUAAUGAAAGGUUUGUCUUUGAAUUUGGACCAAGAAACAAAUUGCUUCUUUGUAAUUUUUUGCAGUUAGACAAUGACUCUGGUAAUUUUAUAUGUAUUCAUGAGUUUGGCAGAAGAAAAUCAGUCUUCUUAAAUUUAGGCUUCCCAUGUGUAUGGUGGUGAUAAAUUCAUUUUAUGCCCCCUUGUUCAAAAGAGGCAAUUCAAAAAAAAUUUAAUGUGACCUCUAUUUGCUUUUCCAAAUUUAUUUCAAUCAUGUUUUUUCCUGCAUAACAGGGUUACACUAGGCCCAGAGAAAAUGGUUGUAGUGCCUCCACGCCAUUAUUGUGUUAUAGAGAACCCAGUGACUCGUGACAAAGAUGGGAACAUUAUCAUUGACAACCUUGGUCAGAUAAAGCUUCAGCAUGCAGAUCAAGAAAUCAGACUCACUCAAGAUCCAUUUCCACUAUACCCUGGAGAAGUUCUCAAACUGGUAAUAAUAAAGCCUUGAAUGCAAUAAGAAAAUCAUGUGCAAAAUUUCUUCUAUAGCGGGUCAUAAUUUGUACUUAAUAUUUAUAAUCAUAAUACAUUGGUCAUAUAUAACCCUGUACCCCAGCCUAGGGAUGGGCUCACUGCGCUUCACAUAAAAAUUUGAAAAAUAAAUAUGACAAUGAAAAAGUUACAUAAAUUUAUUAAUUUAAGAAACAGCUUUAUGGAAAUAUUCCCCUCUCCACUCCAGAACUAUUUACAUGUCUGGCCGUAGAGAGCACCCAGCAGUAUCGUUUUAAUUGGGUGUGGGGGAUGGGGGGUGAGAAUCAGUCAGGAUAGUACAGUUUGAAGAGAUUUGUCUUGAGUGCAGUUUUGAAGGCCUGGAUAUUCAGUAUAUUUACAUUAUGGAUGUUAAUGGGAGAGAAUUCCAUUGUUUGGAGGCGUAGGAGAAAGAUCAUUCACUAUAUGUUUUAGUGCAAGUUAUGGGAACAGAAAGAAUACACAUGUCUGCAGAGAAACAAAGCUGUCGAAGUGGUGAAUAGAAAGUUCAGUUAGUUAGGAAGGGCAGGAAUCAGAGAGAAAAAGUUGUGACAGAACAGACAGCUUGUAAUCAAUGUGUGUUGUAAAGGAAGCCAAAGAAGUGAGUGGAGUGACGUGAUCACAUUUUUUGCCUUUAGAACUAACCUAACAGAGUUUUGAACCCUGAAAUGAGUAUGUUUGGUUCAAAGAUGCACAGUUAUAGAGUAAUUACAACAGAAUUGAUCAGAAAAGGCUGUGUAUUCCGUAAAAAUAGUACACAUCUAUUUUGCACAUAGAAUAAACAAAUUUAAGCUAAAUUUAAGUUUAAAAAUUUAAAUUAGAGAAAUAUUUGUCAUUUUUCUUUUUAAAAAAAUGUUUAAAUUAAAAACUUUCUCAUAAACUUUAAAAAAAAUUUUCUCAACAAAAAUGUUAAAGUGUAAAUGCUUAACUUGAAUAUGAUUUAAAUCUAACAUUUUAUUGAUUAUGUUUACUAUCUGUUUCCUGAAUGAUUUAAGAGGAAAAAAUCGCACACUUAUUUCUUGUUCCAUUGUUAGUAAUAUAUAUUUAAUAAUGGAAUGUGCUGCAUAGUUAAUAUUCUAUGUGUUGUAUAGCUAAGUCUUUCAUUUUCUUUUGUUGUCAGCCUGUAACAGCAUUAAAAGUUGUGCCGGCCAAUGCAGCCUUGAGGAUUCGUGCUGUCCUGGACUUUGAUGAGGGUGAUAUUAAAAGAACAGCUGGUGAUGAGUGGCUCUUCGAGGGACCAGGUAGGCAGGGCGAUAAAAUGCUAACACCUAAUUGUCAACGACUCCUGUUUACCAAGAAAAUAUUUCAGCUUUACAGAUGCAAUAUUUCCGCUUGCAGAAUGAAGAACAAAAUUGAAAAUUUCUUGAAAGAAAUACUGAGCAACAUCACAGUGUAUAAGAUUCUAUGUGUUGGUACUUGUGCUGUGUACAUUUUUUAUCUCUGGAUUACUGAAUAUCCUGACAGUUCUUUUGAAUCCAUAUGGGACAGUGCAAUGCAGGCAACAAUGCAUAUAGUUACAUCUGUAAUGACUGUAACUUUAAGUGUGUUGAUUGCAAUACCUUUGCUAACACUAGGUUAUCAAAUUUUGCAAUCACCAACUAGAAUCGGUGCGUCAGAUUACUCACCAGGUAAGUGAUUCAGUAGAUUUAGCUGUGCUGCAUUCCAGACUUUUAAUAACCCUGACACGGCUGUGUGGGUCUCCUCCCAUGUGGCACAAAAUUAAUUGAUCUUGAUCUAAACUCGAGAUUGGACGCUGACGGCAUUUUCUGUGGGGGCUUUGGUGUUUCCUGCUCAUAUUUAUAAUUGUUAAAAUAAUGCUUCAGUAUUUAUAUUGCUUGUGCUUAAGUGCUGCAAAUCAUUCAUUUUAAAAGAGUAUUUUAGGUGAUGAAUUUGAUGACUUUUUGUGAUCUAAAACAGCUUUUCCCAAAUGAUGAUCUACGGACCAGUACAUGAGCUUUACAUUGCUGGUUUCUCACAAUAUGGAUAUUUAUGGUUAAAUAAAGAAAAUAUAUUAAAUGUGGCCCGAGUCUCUGGUUCAUAGUCAAUAUUUCUUUGCCAAUUUUAUAUUCGGGAAACGCUGAUUUAGAACUUUAUUUUAAACAUUGCUGAAUGUCGCAUUAUCAGAGAAAAGACUUGAUUUUUAAUAAUUUUUUUAUCUGUUAGAUUUUAUCAAUGUAAUUAAUUGUACUUUAUGAAUUCACAAUUUUAACAUUGGUAAAAAUGAGGCAAUGUGUAGAAGUUUACAAAGUGUAUCUUAUUUAAACCACAUUCUAGUGCGUUUUAAUGCCAGAUUAUGAGAACGUUGAACAAGGUUUGCUUGUACAUCUAUUGUCUAACUGCUCCCCACCUAGGCACAUAUAUCCCUCGGAAGGAAACUGUUGUUGAAGAGACACUGAAGGCCACCAUCAUUAAACCCAAUCAAGCCAUUCGGCUGCGUGCUCGCAAAGAGUGCCUUGACAGGCAAAACAAUCCUCGUGUUACAGGGGAAGAGUGGUUGGUCAAAAAAACUGGAGCCUACCUGCCAGGCGCCUAUGAGGAGGUUGUAAACAUUGUGGAUGCGUAUGUCCUUACGGAAAAGGUGCGUAGCGCAUAAUCAGAUUAGAUUGGCUAUUGCCUUGAAUUUAUAUUAUUUUACAAAUUGUGUUUCAUUCUGUUUUUUGAGAACCCUUUUAUAUCUUUUUUUAAAAAUUGUUUUAUUCGUUUUUUUUUUUUUUUUUUUUUUUAUACUUUUUUAGAUAUUUUUUUUUUUUUUUUUUUUUUUUUUUUGUUUUUAUUUUCUUUUGAUCUUUAUUUGUGUUUUUUUUUGUUUUUUUGUGUCCUUUUUUUUUUUUUUUUUAAAAAUUUUUUUUUUUUUUUUUUUUUUUUUUUUUUUUUAUAACACUUUUACAGACAUUUUCUACUUGGUGUUUUUUUUGUUGUUGGUAUGAAUGACUUUGGAAGCAAUUUACCUUCUCACCUCUCUCCACACAGAAUGCUCUGCAUGUGCGCUCUUUGAGGACAUUCAAAGAUGACUUUGGCAUUGUGAGGAAGAAUGGAGAGGAAUGGCUGAUCACCAUGAAAGACACUGAGACACACAUACCCAAUGUUUAUGAAGAGGUUAGAAUAAGAAAUAUAACAACUGACGCACCCCCCAACACCUCUCUCAAAUAAAAAGCAUGUAAAUAAGCAAUUAUUGCCAUAGGACAAGUGACAUUAAAUAUGUAUAGAAUGUUAGCACUUAUUGCCAUAGGACAGGUGAUAUUAAAUACGUAUAGAAUGUUAGUAAUUAUUGCCAUAGGACAGGUGAUAUUAAAUAUGUAGAGAAGUUUAGCAAUUCGUCCCCCUAGAAUAACAAGGUUCUAUGUGCCUAUUUAAUCCAAUCAACUAAGCACCUUGUUAUUCUAAGGGGACGAAUUAUUGCCGUAUGACAAGUGAUAUUAAAUAAGUAUAGAAUGUUAGAAUUAUUGCAGUAGCACAAAGAUUAAAUAAGUAUAGAAAUGUUAGCAAUUAUUGCUGUAGGACAAGUGAUAUUAAAUGAGCAUAGAAUGUUGGCAGUUAAUGCCGUAGGACAUAACGAUAUUCAUCAUUUAAGUUAAAAAUAUAUACAUAUACAUAUUGCCCUAUUUAAUUUACAAAAUUUGUUGUUGUUUUUUUUUUAGGUGGUAGGUGUUGUUAACAUCACGACACUGAACAACCGUCAAUACUGUGUUAUCCUUGAUCCAGUUGAUGCCAAGGGCAGACCACAGUUGGGACAGAAGAAGCUGGUUAAAGUAAGUUUCAUAUGUUUAUUACUUUUUCCUUUUAUUUGUAGUUUGCAUCACUCAAGUUUUGUUAUCUAAAAAAAAAUAAUCUAAAUCAACUGACCUUCAAUUCAUUUUCUAAAACGAUUACAUAGGCUAUCAGUUUCCAUAAAUGGGGGAUAUCUUAUUUUUAAGUAUUUAUCAUUUAGUGUUGCAUUAUUCUAAAUUUCAGCCCGUAAAACUAAUAAUUUUUUUUUGCCAAAUAUUCAUAUUUUCACAGGGAGACAAAACUUUUUUCCUGAUGCCUGGUGAGAAGUUGGAAAAGGGAAUUCAAAAUGUUUAUAUUCUUGGGGAAGAUGAAGGACUUAUCCUCCGUUCUAUUGAAUCCUUCAUGGAUGGGGUAGGUGACAUCAAUGCCAUCUUUCUUAUAUUUUAGUUUGCUCUUGAGUUCUUGUCUGUUUGUGAUACAUUCAUUGUAUUCACUUUUUUUUUUAUUACUAUAUUGAAAAUUAAAUCUGAAUGCUUGCUUUCUCAUGACAAUCAAGAACAUUUUCCCAAACUUUUUACUUUCAAGUUUCAAAACAGCAGUUUGCAACAAGGGCUUGGGGCAUUUUCUUUUAGGCCAAAAAAAACCAUUGAUUAAAUAAUUUUAUGAAUGGCAUCAUCUAUUGAUAUGAGGGAAAGGGGUAAAAAAAGAUGUUAAUAAUGCAGUUAUAAAGUAAGUCAAUGAGAGCCCCAUUUACAUAAUGUCGGGUUGCUGUUGGGUAUUCCUUAAUUUAGUAACACUGACCUGCCAUUCUGUAGAAAUUGCAUUUUUAUUUUGACUUAACUUUUCCAGGACACUGAACGAUCACCUGGGGACAGAUGGAUGAUCAGAGGUCCUAAGGAGUAUGUUCCUCCUGUUGAAGUGGAAGUGGUUAUGAAGAGGCAGGCCAUUCCACUGGAUGAGAAUGAAGGUAUCUAUGUCAGAGACAUCAAGACGGGAAAGGUGAGACACCAAAAAAAAACUUCUUCUAUUGUUCUUUAUACAUCUGUUACCAAGCUAAGUUAAGUAUUGAAUAUCUAUGAUCUUUAUUUACUCAUAUUUUAAUUGAGUAAUAUAAACUAUAAAGAAAUCCAUGAUACCAUUUUAAGUUAAGUUAUGAAAGCAAGAGCGCCUUACGCUCUUAGUUCUUCAGAAAAAAGAAACGCUAUUAAAUUGAUUUCUUCUGCCUGUGAACAUUAUACAUGACGUACAAGUUUAGCUUGUAUUCCUUUUUUUAAAAUUUUGUUUGCUUACAAUUUAUUAGAAUAUUUUGUUUUUUUUACCCAUUGUAUCUAUUCACAGUAACAUGCAAGUGAACAUAAAAUGGACAUACACAUUACACAAUUGACUAUUCUUCAGGUUAGGGCUAUUCAGGGUGAGACGUACAUGCUAAACCAGGAUGAGGAGCUGUGGUCCAAGGAGCUGCCUCCGGCUGUUGAAAGUCUUUUGGCUGUUGACCACUUGGCAGAGCGCAGUGAACGCAAGGCGGAAGGUGGAACAAAGACCAGGGACAAAACUCGUGUGGUAACAUUCCGUGUCCCUCACAAUGCAGCAGUUCAAAUUUAUGAUUAUAAAGAGAAAAAAGCCAGGUGUGUCAUUAUUUUUAAAAUUUAUGUUUUAAAAUUUAAAAAAUGCAAGGAUUAAAUCAUUUACAGAGAUUUUUAAUUUGGCUAAACCUUUUGACUAGUGUCCCUUUGAAAUUAAAAAAAUUUAUGUGUACUGACAAUUUUAAACAAUUGUAUAUUUCAGGAAUAACAAAACGGCAUAUUAAAAUUAUUUUUUUUUCCUGGCACCUUGCCUGGGACUAACGAUAGUGUUGUUUGGAUAUGUUUUUUCCUUAGGGUAAUAUUUGGGCCAGAGCUGGUCAUGUUGGGGCCAGAUGAACAAUUCACACAGUUGAGUCUUUCGGGGGGGAAACCCAAAAAGCCCAAUGUCAUCAAAUCUUUAUGCUUGCUUCUGGGACCAGAUUUCUGUACAGAUAUUGUUAUUGUAGAGACAGCAGAUCACGCCAGGUUGUCCCUUCAGCUCUCUUACAAUUGGUUAGUACAAAUUUAGUUUUAUUAUAUUCUUCAUACUUUUAAAUCUUUCGCUGUGGAAUGUUUUUAAUGAAAAAAUUUACAUUUUUUUUUUAAAAGAGCGAAAAAGAGUGAGGUUGGGUUUAUUAAAAAAUAUUUAAAAUAUUAUGUUUUGAUUUAUAAGGCUAAAGUUGAUAUCAAAUGAAAGAUAAUUGGACUAUUUGUUUGUAAACUUAUUUAUUCAGUUUCACUAAAAUAAGUCACAGAAAAGAAACUUAAAAUGUGAAAACACGAAAUGCAAAACCUUUUCCCCCCCCCCCAAACCCAUUGUUGUAAGCAUACAUCACUGCUAUAACUCAAAUCAUCAAAAACUACUAAUCUCGGAAUCAUGUGAUUGAUCUGAAUCUAAAUCAACUUCACUGUCAAUAGAAAUAGUAUAAAGCAUUUCCAAAGAUUGUUGCGCAGUCUAGGAAACUUACCCUAGUAGGACCUUGGUAGCCAUAGCAACAGUAUUGGUAAAGAAAAAAAAAACGGGAAGAAUAUUAUAAAAAUAAAGCUUCAAAUGACAACAAAUAAUCUUGCUUUCACUCAUAAGCAAUGAAGUACCACUCUUCUAUGUAAAAGUCUCAUUAAAAAAUAGCUCUUAAAAAGUUUAACAGAAAAAUAGCAAAGAAACUACCAUGAUUUUAAAACAACGCACAGUGCGUUGGUCCUUGGUCCAUGCUUUUCAGGACAGCGGAUGAAGGUACUGUGCGUUGCACCACGGAGAAAGAUUGAAGGAACCAGAGUUUACUUUUGGCAUAAGUUGUUGAUAGAAAUGAAAAUUGUUGAAAGUUUACUUUUGGCAUAAGUUGUUGAUAGAAAUAAAAAUUGUUGAAAGUUUUAUUUUGUGGUUGACUUUUAAACAAAAACAAAAAAAAUCAUCCUGUCAUCGUGUCUCUUGCAGGCAUUUUGAAGUGGGAGAUAAGUCACCACUAGAGGCAGCCAAGCUUUUCAGUGUUCCAGACUUCACUGGUGAUUCAUGUAAGGCCAUUGCAUCCCGUGUGCGUGGGGCUGUGGCUCAGGUUCAGUUUGAUGACUUUCACAAGGUUGGAUGUAGUUUGACUCACUUCUUUUAAAGGACAACUUUAAACCAUUUUCAUGCUGCCUACCUUACAGGACAACUUUAUACCAUUUUCAUGCUGCCUACCUUACAGGACAACUUUAAACCAUUUUCAUGCUGCCUACCUCACAGGACAACUUUAUACCAUUUUCAUGCUACCUACCUCACAGGACAACUUUAUACCAUUUUCAUGCUGCCUACCUCACAGGACAACUUUAAACCAUUUUCAUGCUACCUACCUUACAGGACAACUUUAAACCAUUUUCAUGCUGCCUACCUUACAGGACAACUUUAUACUAUUUUCAUGCUACCUACCUCAUAGGACAACUUUAUACCAUUUUCAUGCUGCCUACCUCACAGGACAACUUUAUACCAUUUUCAUGCUACCUACCUUACAGGACAACUUUAAACCAUUUUCAUGCUGCCUACCUUACAGGACAACUUUAUACCAUUUUCAUGCUACCUACCUCACAGGACAACUUUAAACCAUUUUCAUGUUACCUACCUUACAGUGUUACACAUGGUGUCAAUUAUAAAUCUAAAUUGUAUUUAAAUAAUUUAAACAGUUAAUGUCUUCAAGAAUUACAGUAAAUUACAUUUAUUGCAUAACAAGAUUUAAAUAUUUUUAAAAGAUCUGUUUUGUCACAUCGUGGCUUGGGUCACAAUUGUUUUUAAUUUGAACUCUGAAUUCUUUUGCAUCACAGAACUCUGCCAAAAUUAUCAGGGCAUCUGUAUUUGGCAUGGAUGCCAAUGGAAAGGUCAAGGAAAAAUUCAGCUUCCCGCAAAACAACCUUGUUUUCACCAGUAUAGACAUUCAGUCUGUUGAGCCAGUUGAUCAGAGGACCCGGGAUGCCCUUCAGAAAUCUGUACAGCUAGCCAUUGAGAUAACCACAAACUCUCAGGAGGCAACUGCCAGGUAGCACCACUAACCAUUAGCAGUUAUUUGUGACUUUGUUGACUGAAUUCUUAAUGAGUAAAUUUAUUGGUUUAAUUUUAAUUUUUUAAUUUUUAUUUUUUUGUACAAUUUGGGGACUUGGCAAAUUCUGUGGGUUUCUAAAAAUCUGGAUUGCAUUUCCAGACAUGAAGCCCAGCGUCUUGAGCAGGAGGCCAAAGGCCGCCUGGAGCGUCAAAAGAUCACUGAUGAGGCAGAGGCUGAAAAGGCUCGUAAAGAGCUCCUUGAGCUGCAGGCCAAUAGUGCAGCUGUUGAGAGCACCGGCCAGGCUAAAGCCGAGGCUCAGAGUAGAGCUGAGGCUUCAAGGAUUGAGGGUGAGGCUGCUGUAGAGCAAGCCAGACUGAAGGCUCAAGCCACUAAAAUUGAGGCGGUAAGUUUCUCAUCACACUUUCCAAUUUGUUUUAUACCAAAUUUUUAAAAUCUCUGGUUCAGUAAAUUAUUCUCUUUAAUUGUCAUAACAGUCAUAACAGCCGAUCAUCAUUUAUUAUACCCCUUUCUGUGGUGUCACGGCCGAUAUCGGCCUCUAGCAAAAUCAUCAUUAAAAAUACUGACGAUUUAAUGUAUAUUGGUUAAGGGGAAAUCACUCUAUAUAAAUGAGUUUGCUUUGUAUUUCCGUUACCAUCUGCAUGUUAGCAUGCUUUUGUAUGGGAUUUUUGGGUGAUUAUUCGGGUGUGAAAUUUUCUUUAAAAAAUUGACAGCCAUUUUGUUUGAUGCCAGGGAGGGUCCCCAUCUAGAUUGCAAGAUCAACACAGAAAUUCUUUAUUGAAAUUAUUUCAAAUAGAUUAAAAUGAAAGCAAAGAUUUCAGAGAUAUUCCAAGUGCUAGUAAUGACAUUAUUAGCUCUAGUGGUGAUGGCGACAUAAGAGUCAGAUAUUGACAAGUUUAGCCCUAGGCUUAGUCGAAUUUGUACAAAUUUGUUUAGGAAAGGGUGGAAAUUUAAACGAGACAUUUAUGUUUGUUUAUGGUUGGGUAUUAAUUAAUAAAAAUGGAUUUGAUAACUUUGAUUGAGAAUUUUUUAACUGAUGUUUUGCUCACCCUGUAAAGGUCAAGGUCACCAUCAACAUACAUAUUAUAAAAAAAUUCUUCUGAUACCAUCAGAUAACCUUGUCCAAUGCACUUUCAGCAAAUGUUGACUUGCAAAUGUCUCUCAAUUCAUUCAGUCUGGGAUUUUUGUCAUUUUUUAUUUUUUUGACAAGUGUAUGCUACAGAAAAAGUUAAAAUAGAAUUUUCUUAACUUUUAACUUAUUUAAAAAUGUAUACAUUUAAAAACACAUAAAAAAGCUUAUUUCGCUCAGAGAGAACUUGAUGUUAUUGAAAAUCUACACAAUUUAAUUUUUACACAAGAUUCAGAACACACAUUUUUUAAUUCUAAAUGUUGAUUUUUAUAAGCCUUUCUGUUUCGACAUAUAGGCAAAAAUAUGCAGUGUUACUGCAUACUCAAUAUACAUUUCCAAAGAGUUGUUUAAAUAAAUAUUUGUUGACAUGCAUCUAAAAGGUUUGAAAUGUUGCAAUGCUUUACUGCCUCAGGAGUCAGAGUUAGACAGAUUGACCAAAGCCCGUGAAGCAGAACUGAAGUACGUCUCUGAACAGAACAAGAUGGAACUUGAGAAAGCAGACCAGCUGUCGAACAUUGAAAUCACAAAAUUCAAGGAGAUGGUUUCCUCUAUUGGAGCCAAUACGAUUCUUGCCAUGGCAACCGCUGGGCCUGAUAACCAGGUAGGAGUCCUCAACAGAAGGUGGAUUGUAUUAUAUAAACAUAUCUAUAUAUUCAUAGAAAAUGAGAGAACUGUUUUAUCUGCUGCUAACACCGCCAACCAUUACCUUUCAACAGGUUCGUAUGCUGCAAGCUCUGGGGCUCAAGUCUACCCUUAUUACUGAUGGCUCCUCACCCAUUAACCUUUUCACAACGGCCAAUGGCCUGAUUGGUGGAUUGGUCCCAUCCAAGCGUCGCAGGGAUGACGAUGAAGAUUCAGUUUCAUAAAAAAAAUGUUACUUGGCAGUACUUGGGGAAGGCUGUUACUUGCCAGCGAGACAAAGUCAGCAAUACCUAAGGAAGGCGGGAGACAAUGACAGCUGCAUCUGAGGACAUUUGUUCUCUCAUUAUUUCACCAUAAUGACUUUUGCUUUAUCCUUUUCAUUUAGAAGUUUCAUCAUUUUACUGCGCUGUAUGCAUACAAGUAUGUAAAUAAGUACCUCAUAUGACGGGGGAGGGUUGCUCAACUCAUAUGACGGGGGAGGGUUUCUCCAUGUAUUUAUUGAGAAUUUGCUAAUGAUAUUAGCACAAUGUUUGACUGUUCCUGGUGUGGAUGUCAAGUGCUGUUUCCUGUUCUUUUGAUUUAGUCAUAUAAAUUCAAAUGGGAUCCCCUGUGCUACGUAGGGACAGUGACAAACUGGACAAUGUUGGGUUGAUGAAAAGAUCAAUUAAAAUGUGUAACUCAUUCCAUUGGCUGUGUGAUGGUUUCUUUUUAUUAGACAGACCUAACUUGUUUGGCUUAUUGGCAUAAUCUCAAACCUUGUUCAACAGAACAUCAAAUUUUUGCUUUUGUGUUCUAAAAACUUGACUUUAUAAAUUGAUCUGUGAUAUUUCUAAACAUUUUAUAGGACUAAAUAUACGUGAAUAUUUAUUUGAUAAAACUUCCAACAAAAAAAUAACUACUUGUACAAAAUAGCUCCUUUCAAAAGUCCUGUAUGCCUGUGUUCACAAUAAGCCCCAUUUUCAUUAUUUAUUUUCACCAAUUUUGUUAUGCUCUUGUCAGUCUUUUUUAUUCUUCGAGUGCCACUCAGUGCUAGGUGAUACCAUCUUUACCCCAAGAAUUCUGUGAUUUUUUUAAAUACAUUUUGGCCUACUAUAAUAAUGUUUUGACCAAUUGUUUUUUUUACACCUGGUUAAGUUUUGGUAAUUGCUAUAUUUUACAUAUUAUAUCGGACUGACAAUAAUAAAUUGAAUGUUGCAUACACAAUUUUUUUUUUAAAGAGUAGAGGAGAGGUAUUUUCGUAUUGUAAGCUAUAUAAAAUAUAAUUCAUGGUUUUACUAACACACCAAACGUUUGUGUAACAACUUUUUAUUAACAUGGUUUUGAUUAGAUAUUGUUCAUGUUGAAAAUUCAAUAAAGCCAUACAAUAUUAAAACUACUUUUUGUCCCCCAAGUUUUGUAAGACCUUUUAGUUGUGGCACUGCCAGAUUUAAUAGUUAACCCUUAUGUUAUAAUACUAUGAUGAAACGGACAAAAGGCCAACUGAUCACCCCAAUAAUCAG